AUGGAACUGAAGGCUGAGGAGGAAGAGGUGGGUGGAGUCCAGCCGGUGAGCAUCCAGGCCUUCGCCAGCAGCUCCACGCUGCACGGCCUGGCCCACAUCUUCUCCUACGAGCGGCUGUCACUGAAGCGGGCGCUCUGGGCCCUGUGCUUCCUGGGCUCACUGGCCGUGCUGCUGUGUGUGUGCACGGAGCGUGUGCAGUACUACUUCAACUACCACCACGUCACCAAGCUCGACGAGGUGGCUGCCUCCCAGCUCACCUUCCCUGCCAUCACGCUGUGCAACCUCAAUGAGUUCCGGUUUAGCCAAGUCUCCAAGAACGACCUGUACCACGCUGGGGAGCUACUGGCCCUGCUCAACAACAGGUAUGAGAUACCGGACACACAGAUGGCAGAUGAGAAGCAGCUGGAGAUACUGCAGGACAAGGCCAACUUCCGCAGCUUCAAGCCCAAGCCCUUCAACAUGCGCGAGUUCUACGACCGCGCGGGGCACGACAUUCGAGACAUGCUGCUCUCCUGCCAAUUCCGGGGGGAGGUCUGCAGCGCAGAAGACUUCAAGGUGGUCUUCACACGGUAUGGAAAGUGCUACACGUUCAACUCUGGCCGAGACGGGCGUCCGCCGCUGAAGACCAUGAAGGGAGGGACGGGCAAUGGACUGGAGAUCAUGCUAGACAUCCAGCAGGACGAGUACCUGCCUGUGUGGGGGGAGACUGAUGAGACGUCCUUCGAAGCUGGCAUCAAAGUGCAGAUCCACAGUCAGGAUGAACCUCCCUUCAUCGACCAGCUGGGCUUCGGUGUGGCCCCAGGGUUCCAGACCUUUGUGGCCUGCCAGGAGCAGAGGCUCAUCUACCUGCCCCCGCCCUGGGGCACCUGCAAAGCUGUUACCAUGGACUCGGAUUUCUUCGACUCCUACAGCAUUACCGCCUGCCGCAUCGACUGUGAGACCCGCUACCUGGUGGAGAACUGUAACUGCCGCAUGGUGCACAUGCCAGGGGACGCCCCCUACUGCACUCCAGAGCAGUACAAGGAGUGUGCGGAUCCUGCUCUGGACUUCCUGGUGGAGAAGGACCAGGAGUACUGUGUGUGUGAAAUGCCCUGCAAUCUGACCCGCUAUGCCAAGGAGCUGUCCAUGGUCAAGAUCCCCAGCAAAGCAUCCGCCAAAUACCUGGCCAAGAAGUUCAACAAGUCUGAGCAGUACAUAGGGGAGAACAUCCUGGUGCUGGACAUUUUCUUUGAAGUCCUCAACUAUGAGACCAUUGAACAGAAGAAGGCCUAUGAGAUUGCAGGGCUCCUGGGUGAGCUGCUGAUGGCACCUGUCCCCUUCCCAUGUCACCCAGAGCAGGCUGCUCACCUCUGUCCCAUGAGCUCUUCCUCCUCAACCACCCCCGGGGGCCUUUCCCCACAUGUUGUUGUCUUGGUCAUUAAGCACAAGUUGUGCAGACGAGGCAAGUGCCAGAAGGAGGCCAAAAGGAGCAGCGCAGACAAGGGCGUGGCCCUCAGCCUGGAUGACGUCAAAAGACACAACCCGUGUGAGAGCCUGCGGGGCCAUCCUGCUGGGAUGACGUAUGCUGCCAACAUCCUACCUCACCAUCCGGCCCGAGGCACGUUUGAGGACUUUACCUGCUGA